AUGGACUCUAAUAAUGGUAGGCUUGCUUUCGUACAUCAAUAUGAUCAAAAAAAUUAUUCUAAUAUUUUAAAGCCUUUUGUUAACAAAGAUCAUCCAUUACAUAGUUUUUUUCUUCCGAGAGAAUGGGCUAUUAGAAUACCAGUUGUCUUACUUUUGACAUGUUUUGCAGUUGUUAUGAGCUUCAUAGCUUUAGUAAUGAUUAAAAGCAAUUCUUUAAAGUUUAGAAAAAAAAAACUACAUUAA